UGCUCAUGUUCUUCGCUGUUAAAUGUAGAUUCAUUAAGGGAGGAGUGGCACGAGCGGAGAGCAGCAGUGAGCUCCAGCAUACCAGUAACAGCCACCCGAGCUCCUCCCUCAUCUCCGGCAUCUCAGCUUCCAGGGAAACCCAAGGGUCUGUCGGUGGCUGAAACCGAGCCGGCGGGACGGCAGCACUCCCCUCCCACCCCUUCUAGCCCUGCAGGCGCAGGCGCAGACAAUCCGCCGCAGCCGGCACCAGCGGCCCGACGGGAGGAGCCGGUGCGCUCAGCCCGGCCCCGGGGCGGGCCUGCCGCUCUCCCCGCCUCCCGCGGGUCUCCGUUCCCGCCGCGGCCAUGGAGGAGCAGAAGGAGAACUGCCCGCAGGCCGCCCGCCCGCCGGGUAAACUGCACUGCAGGGUCAGUGAUCAAGAAACGAAUGGGAAAAACACAGCUUCCAACCCAAAUGACUUCAGCGAUCCCGUUUACAAAGAAAUUGCUAUGACCAAUGGCUACAUCAACAGAAUGACCAGAGAUGAGCUUAGAAGUAAACUUGCAGAGUUCAAACUUGACACCAGAGGAGUGAAGGAUGUGCUGAAGAAGAGACUGAAGAACUAUUACAAGAAACAGAAGUUGAUGCAGAAGGAACCUGUUAAUGGAGACAGCUACUAUGACUACAUCUGUGUUGUUGACUUUGAAGCAACAUGUGAAGAAGGGAACCCACCUGAAUUUAUACAUGAAAUAAUUGAGUUUCCUGUUGUCUUAUUAAACACACAUACCCUGGAAAUAGAGGAUACAUUCCAGCAGUAUGUGAAGCCAGAGAUCAAUCCCAAGCUUUCAGAAUUUUGUGUUGGUCUGACAGGGAUCACUCAGGACAUUGUUGAUAAAGCUGAUACGUUUCCUCAAGUUCUGCAGAAUGUUGUAGACUGGAUGAGGCAGCGAGAACUGGGAACGAAGUAUAGCUAUUGCAUGUUGACAGAUGGGUCUUGGGAUAUGAGUAAAUUUUUGAAUAUCCAGUGCCGUGUCAGCCGUAUCAAACACCCUUCAUUUGCCAAAAAGUGGAUCAAUAUUCGCAAAUCAUAUGGCAACUUCUAUAAGGUGACCUUUUCUGCUGGAAACACAUUAGAGCACAGAACUGUGCUGUUGGUCCCAUGGGAUUUAAACCAAACAAACCCUUUCCUUUCUCUAUGUAGCAGUGAGAGUGCUACUUUAACAAAGCCAAUGAAGGUUCCCAGGAACCAGACCAAGCUGAUGAUCAUGCUUGAAAAGCUGGGGAUGAGCUAUGAUGGGAGACCUCACAGUGGACUCGAUGACUCUAAAAACAUUGCAAGGAUCGCUAUAAGGAUGCUGCAGGAUGGCUGUCAGCUGCGGGUGAAUGAGAAAAUGCAUGCAGGACAGCUUAUGACAGUCUCCUCCUCCGCUCCCUUAGAGGGAGCCCCAGCUCCACAGAUGCCCCGCUACAGAAACUAACAGUUCAGGGGUUCUGCUUUAGGAACCCCUUAGAGAUACCCACUACAAACUGUGAACAGCUUAUCAAAUGGCCACCUCUGCAAACCUGUCUGCAGUGCAGAAUCUGAAAGCACCUUAACCAGCGGUCUCUGUUGAAACAUAGAGGAGUGUGGAAGCUUCUUGCUCUUUGAACCUUGUUUAACAUCUUUCUUAUGAACAUAUACUGAUGGUCUUGUUUGCACCUUUUCAGGCAGUAAGAUUGAUACAUGGAAUACAGGCAAAGUGGUAAUUUUUCAAGGACAAGCAAUUUAAACAUAUGCGUAGGUUGGUUGGGUCUGCGUGCUACUGUUCCUCACCAGCCUGUGGGUGGUAUUCAUGAUGCCAUACUUUAAUGAUAUCUAGUGCCUGAUUAUUCAUUGCAUACAAACUAGACGUUGUUGGAAGUACUGAAAUGCAGAUUGUCUAGGCUGGCCUCACUGGUAAGGCAUUCUCGUUGGGGUUCCUGCUGAUAAUAUUUUUUUUUAACAAGUCUAAGAGAAAUAGGAGCAUGUUCAUCGAUCCUAGAGCAGUAGAUAAGUACUGCAAUUGUUAUUUUAAAUUUAAGGGAUAUGCUUUUCUGUGUCCACAUCAAAUGAAAAGAGCUGUGCAUUGAAUAAAAAUUUCAUUCAUACGGUAUGGUAGUAAAUUUUUUAACUUGUCUUUAAAAAGAGGAGAUGCUUUGGAACUGAAUGUUGAGGAUCAUAUCUCCUAUGCCCACUACACUCAAGUCGGACAGCCUAUUUAGACAUUUGUCAGCUGUUUUGACUUAAAAGUAAAAUAAAAAGUUCAAAACAAAUUCAAAAUUCUAUGUUAUGUGGUGGUUACGGAUUAGAAGCUUGUUUUGUUUUAGAUACUUCAGAGACUUGCUUGACUAUUUUUGGUACCUUCUCCUACCUCUGUUACCAUGAAACUAUGCCUUUAUCUGAAAAUCUAAUGUUGGAAGAUGAAUAUAGUUGUUACCAGUGAAGGCCACAUCUAAUAAAAACUUCUGCUUUCCUCUUAGGUCAAAUGUGACCAAAGUGUUCAUUUACUUUGUCUCAAUGGACCCUUACUAAGUGAUGUAUUUUGAUUGCUCUUAAUAAUUAAAAAAAAAAAAAAAGUGAGUUUAGUA